GUAUAAUCAAGCUGGACAGCUGCCGAGUCAGCUCGGCUACAACAGCGCGCCUGCGAUGGCACCGGCCCACAGAAACCCUACGUACCACCCAAGAGAUGGGAGCUUCGAGAGCACGAGGGAAAGCAAUCGCGCUCGCUAUUCCGGACCAUGGCCACCCCCAGAUGUUGUGAGGGUGCCACCAUCACAGCUCCCAGGUAAAGACGUCUUCCCACCGCCCGAUGUUCCUCCACUGGCCCUCUGCCAUGUCUGUAGUGUAUGCGGCCAGAUGCGCUCAGCGGGCUAUCAUCGUCAUCAUCCCAUUGUUCCUGGCCAAGCCCUUAUCAGCACCCCUUGCCGCCGUUGUAAGAAGCGCGCAAGAAAGAUGAAGGAGAGGAGAGAGGCGGAGAGGCGGAAGCACCAAGAGAAAGAGGCUUCUUCGAUCAUUACAAUUAAGAUUGACGAUGGCGAGCGCCGCGGGCGCCCUCGUGGACGAGAAGACCAUAGAUAUCAUUCUCUCAGUCCUGAAAGCGGUAUCUACAGGUCUACCAUUCGCGCCUAUGUUGGACCCAGAGAGUCUACACACGUCAAAUAUCGCACUUCCCGAGGAAUCAGUCCAGAACGAAGCCCACCACACGCUCUCAGGCGUCGCACGAGGUCCGAAGUUCGGUUCUCCUCUGGAAGGCCCCCUACAGAUGGUGUGCGAGUCCGCUAUCAACGCAACCAGGAGUAUGAGCGGCUGCGUAGUCCUUCGCCAGAUGCUAGAACCCGCCUUGCUGCGCACCCAACACCAUUCCGUACAUUCACGCCGGCCAAUAUGCCCGGUCGCUACCCGGAAGAGACACAGGGUCCACCACCAGAGCCACCCCGUGGAAUCCUCAAGAAUCCUUUUCAAGUCUACGAGCCACAAUCUUCCCGGCACGUGAUAGAAACGAGCUAUGAUAGCAUGUUGCCCGAAGUGGGAGGCAAUCGUGUCCAGUUCGGCGGCGAACACAGGCCUUCCGAGCACGUGGGGGAGUCUCAUGCACGGUGUGUGACUUGCAGAGGCGAACAGUGUGUCUGCGAUAACGAAUAUGCCUACCUGAAUCGUCGAAGGUACCAUCAUCAGCACGGACAUGUCGAGGAGACACCUUCUCCGGAACUGCCCACCCAAAAGCUCGAACAACUCCGCGUCCGGGAGGAGUCACCGCCACAUUCAUACACCCGAGAUAGAUCGCAUCCUCGGCGACGCGAGGUCGACGAACUCCAUUUCAGCCGAUUCCACUCUAACUCCAGGCGCGAUAUACACGAGUGGCGAGAGAAUGCUGCGAGUCAGCCGCCCCUUGACGACCGUGGACGCACUCACUAUCCCCCCGCUGAACCUCGUCGCGAAGCAUCCCCCUUAAGGAGGGCAACGUCUCAGAUACGAAGCCUUGGCCAGAGAGUUCGGCGGAGGUUCUCGCGCUCCCCAACACCGCCGCGGAACCGCAAACACGAGGACUGGGACGAUGCUACAGAUUCAGGCAGCGAGGCUAGCGGAGAGCAUUACAUAGUGAAAUAUCGCGAGGUGGACGAGAACGGAAGACCGUACACAAUGUACGAGGAGCGCGUGAGGAAAGCAUUGCCUGCUGGUGAUGGGAUGCCUGCGGAAUCAUCCAUGUGCGGGGGACUCGAGGGACCGGCUAUCACCAGGGGCUUUGCGCCUGUGAGGGGGAGGUGAAAAGCGGACUUGGAAUGGAGGGUGAGGUUUCAGUUUGGCCGUGAUGGUCAACACUCUGCAUGGUCUGGUUUCUGGCGGGCCUUCUUUUUGUUUCCUAAUGUUUUCUCCCUUGUGUUAUCAUUGAAGGCACUUCUCUUUCAUUUGUUUUGUCAUACUAUGCAUUCUGGGGUGACUCCCCCCAAUGCUCUGCACGUCUGGUGUGCAUGUAUAGGCAGCCCAGCUAACGCGCACAUCCCAGAGAGGAUGUAUAUCUCGGGCUUUU